CACGGGCGGGCAGCGGCGGCGGCCGCGCCCGGCACACGGCGGUGGAACGGAGCCGAGCCGAGCCGAGCGGGCAGAGCCAAGGUUGUAAAUCGUGCCCGAGCUGAGUGCUGAGAGCAGCCCCUGGAAGCAGCCGCGGUGACCGGCGGUCAUGACAACGGAGACAGGCCCCGGCUCUGAGGUGAAGAACGCGCAGGAGGACGCUCCGCAGCAGCAGCUGGAGGCGGCCGCACAGGGCCCCGCGGCCGCGCCCAGCCCCGCCGGCCGCGACACCGACCCCAAUGAGAAGCUCGGGGCACAGCCGGACACCCGAAACAUGGAGCCGGGCACAGACAUGGAGGACAAGGACUACAGCGAGACCGACGGGCUCUCUGACAAAACAACUCCCAGCAAGACCCAGAAGUCACCCCAGAAAACCACCAAGAAAGUGAAGAGUGCCCUGUGCAGGGUGACCCUGCUCGAUGCGUCCGAGUAUGAGUGUGAGGUGGAGAAACACGCCCGAGGCCAGGUGCUCUUUGACAUGGUGUGCGAGCACCUCAACCUCCUGGAGAAGGACUACUUUGGCCUCACCUUCUGCGAUUCAGACAGCCAGAAGAACUGGCUGGACCCCUCCAAGGAGAUCAAGAAGCAGAUUCGCAGCGGGCCCUGGAACUUUGCCUUCACUGUGAAGUUCUACCCUCCAGACCCUGCCCAGCUCACAGAGGACAUCACCAGAUACUACCUGUGCCUGCAGCUCCGUGCCGACAUCAUCACGGGGCGCCUACCCUGCUCCUUUGUCACCCACGCCCUGCUGGGCUCCUACGCCGUGCAGGCCGAGCUGGGUGACCAUGACACCGAGGAGCACGUGGGCAACUACGUCAGUGAGUUGCGCUUCGCCCCCAACCAGACGCGGGAGCUGGAGGAGCGCAUCAUGGAGCUGCACAAGACCUACCGGGGAAUGACCCCUGGCGAAGCAGAGAUCCACUUCCUGGAGAACGCCAAGAAGCUCUCCAUGUAUGGGGUGGACCUGCACCACGCCAAGGACUCAGAGGGCAUCGACAUCAUGCUGGGCGUCUGUGCCAAUGGCCUCCUCAUCUACAGGGACCGGCUGCGCAUCAACCGCUUCGCCUGGCCCAAGAUCCUCAAGAUUUCCUACAAGAGGAGCAACUUCUACAUCAAGAUCCGCCCGGGGGAGUACGAACAGUUUGAGAGCACCAUUGGCUUCAAGCUGCCCAACCACCGCUCAGCCAAGAGGCUCUGGAAGGUCUGCAUAGAGCAUCACACCUUCUUCAGGCUGGUGUCCCCAGAGCCACCCCCCAAGGGCUUCCUGGUGAUGGGCUCCAAGUUUCGGUACAGCGGGCGCACGCAGGCGCAGACGCGCCAGGCCAGCGCCCUCAUCGACCGCCCCGCACCCUUCUUCGAGCGCUCCUCCAGCAAACGCUACACCAUGUCCCGCAGCCUGGACGGAGAGUUCUCGCGCCCAGCCUCUGUCAGCGAGAACCACGAUGCCGGGCCUGAGGGUGAGAAGCACGAUGAGGAUGGUGAGUUUGGCAGCAGGAGACGCUCUGAGACAGAGGAUGAGGAGGUGACCACCCCAACGAAGAUCAAGGAGCUGAAGUUUUUAGACAAGCCAGAGGACGUUUUGCUGAAGCACCAGGCCAGCAUCAAUGAGCUGAAGCGGACCCUGAAGGAGCCCAACAGCAAACUGGUUCACAGGGACCGGGACAGGAGGCUGCCUUCCUCACCAGCCUCUUCCUCACCCAAACACGAAGAUGAAACACCAAAGGGAACCCCUGAAAAGGCCACCGAGAGAGCGGGCAUGAGGGAGGGCCCUGAGGAGAGGGUGAAACCGCCCCGGCACAGGGCUCCCGAGAGCGACACCGGCGACGAGGAGCCCGAUCAGGAGAAGGACUCGGUCUUCCUGAAGGACAACCACUUGGCCAUCGAGCGCAAGUGCUCCAGCAUCACCGUCAGCUCAACCUCCAGCCUGGAGGCGGAGGUGGACUUCACCGUCAUCGGGGACUUCCAUGGCACAGCCUUUGAGGACAUCUCCCGCAGCCUGCCCGAGCUGGACAAGGACAAGAGUGAAACAGAAGAUGAAGGCCCGGUUUCCUUCCAGCACACAGACAAAGUAGUUCCUGGACUGGAAGAGGAUGUCAAAGGCAGGGAUAAGGUCUCCCAGCCCAGCCCAGAUGUCUCCCAGCCAGAGCCCUCAGCCCCAAAAGCAGAUGCUGUGACUGUGAAGAAGCCCGAAGGAGAAGGCUCCGCUCCCCAUCGGGUCAGCACCACAGACACGGCCCAGGUGGACGGAGGCACCCCGGGCAGCAGAGACACCACCACCACCACUGCCCAGGCUGGCACCACAGAGACAGCGCCGGUGACCUCAGAUCACGGCACCAAGGCUGGCAAAGGGGCCGCUCCCACCACAGACCUUCGCUCCCUGUCACCGAUCUCGGGCGGCUCCGCUGGCAAGGAGGUGCUCACCAGCAUAUUCAGUGCCACUGCAGAAACGCUCUCCACCUCCACCACCACACACGUCACCAAGACUGUGAAAGGAGGGUUCUCCGAGACCCGGAUAGAGAAGCGCAUCAUCAUCACGGGAGAUGAAGAUGUGGACCAGGACCAGGCACUGGCUUUAGCAAUCAAAGAGGCAAAACUCCAGCACCCUGACAUGCUGGUAACCAAAGCUGUGGUGUACAGAGAAACAGAGCCCUCUCCAGAGGAAAGGGACAAGAAACCUCAGGAAUCUUGACCAAUAUGUUCCUGGAAGCCAACAUCUGUAUUCCAACCUGGAGAACAGGGGAGAAGGAGCCUUCAUGCUGGAUUUAUCAGCAAGACAUAGACAUCCUGGCUGCAAUGUUCAUGGCAAGAGACAAAAAUUUUUAAAAAAGGAAUAGCAAAUAUAUUAUAUAUAUAUAUACAUACAUACAUAUAUAUAUAUAUAUAUAUAUAUAUAAACAGGAAACAAAUUGCAUCCUUGCACUGCUGCUAUAUGCUGGAAACGAAUAGCAAACAACACCACCAACAAACAAAGCCAACCCUCUGCAGAUAAAUUGAAGAAUUUCCUGGAUUCCUGGAUUGGUGAUCAAAUCAGAUUUAAAGUCAUAAUAAUAACAAUAAUCUUGGUAACAAUACAAUAAGCCACCAUCUUGCAUGUUACAUGAAAGGACACACAAUCAUGAGUUCAUUUGUUGCACACUGAAUGGAAAGGAAAACUGCUUUGCAACAAAGCAAGUAAGCAAACUGAAGUAAAAAACCACAAGCAGAAGCAAAACCAUUCCCCACCUCUGGAAAGAAGAGAGAAAAACAUUCAAGUUAUGACCUUAGAGUUAUUUUCCAAUUCACAAGUGUUGUUUCACCCUUCUCCUUAUUCCAUGCUGGUUUUUUGCAUUUUUGGGGGUUCUGUUAACUCUUCCCCUUCCCUUCCUUAUCUUCUCUGUGCACUUGUCCAACCUCUUGUUCUCUGAAGGUAUUUAGGAAUGGGUUUCAUUUCAAACAAAGCAAAUGAUAUGUACAUGGUUCCUCAUCUCUAACAAGCGGCCUGUGGGGUUUCCUAUGGAUGUGCAUUUCAGUUCUGUAUAUUAUUCUAUAUAACAGAGGGGGAGGGAGGGAACAAUGCUGAAACAAUUCAACAGUGCUGGUACAGACGAUGCCAACAUUUUUAAAGGUUAACUAUUGGAUUGACUGUGGUUGGUGUACUUGGAGACUCUUAGAUCACCCAUGGGACUCGGAGUCCCGCAGGAAGGAAUGGGAAAGGUUUUGGCUGCUGCUGGCUGGGGGGGAAGGGGAGAGGGCGAGGGGCAGGAAUGUCCUGCUGGUGAUGUGCAGUGUGUGGUGGUGAGGUUUGGAGGGGCAGCGUCACCUGGAGGGGCACAGAAGGCUCCAGCUCCGAGAGCCGUAGGCAGGAUGGGCUCCCAGCCCCCUGAGCCACAGGGUCAGCUGGGAGCGAGGUGGGAGCCGCAGGGCUCGGGGCUCCCCUGCAGGAGCCCUGCCGGCGAGUAGGGGGGGGUUUGCUUUGUUUCUGGAUCCCAGUAAUGGAGGUACUUGAGUUUUGUAGUGGGGUCAAAGGCAGAGGGGCUGCUUGUGCCCUGCCUCCCCCACUGCCAGGGGUGUGAUGGCAAAGGGCUGGGGACAGCGCUGGCAGGGCCAUGGCAGUGCUCCCCUGUCUGCCUAGGGACGGGCAGUGCAGGGAGCGUGCUGUGUCCAUCCCUGCAGAAUGUCCCCAGCGUCCCAGGCUGGAUGGGAGAGCCCAGGAGGUGUCAGUGGAGCUGCUCCCAGCUCAGCCUUCAGCCGAGGCUCCUCCAGGGCUGCCUUUGGAAGGGGACCGUGGGCCAAGCCCAGGGCCCUGUACACUGUGAACCAGGCAGUUCAGGUAGGCUCCCAACCAAAACCAGAAAGAAAAGGAAAGAAAUGGGUUUCCUUCUUGGAAUUGUCUCUAGCUCCUGCAGAAACAGAAGGGCCCAUGAUUCUGCACCAUUUUGCCUUUAGUCUCCCACCCCUGACACAGGCUGUGCCCAGGCCCGGGUGUGUUGUGCCAGGCCCUGCCAGGGCUCGCAGGAUGCCCGAGCAGGAGUGCCUGAGCCAAGAGGAUGCCGUGGGCAGCCCCUGCUCCCACCUGCGCUGCCCAGCAGGGAGCUGCUCCCCCUGACAGCUGCUCUCUGUUCUUCAGGCAGAGAGGUGUGGAAGGCAAGAGCACAGGGGCUCUGCCCAGCUGCCAGCCACGCACCUCCAGAGAGCACAGCCCCAGCCUCAGAGCACUUAGGGCAGCUGCAAAGAGGCUCCUUUUCUCUCGUUUGUUUUCCCAAUGCACCCAAGGCGGCCGUGCCCAGCAGUGGCACUGCCAGGGCUGCUGGAGGGUGUUCACCAUGGCACAGUUCAGGGUCGGGGGAGCCCACCUGGCUGGGGCACCUCCACAGCCCACCCGAGGCUGCUGUGAGCCUGCAGAGUUGAUUUUGGCGUGGUGCCCAGCCUGGGAAGCGAAGGCUGCCCUAGGAUUGAGCAGCCUUACAGAGUGAGGCUCCCUGUGCUUGGGCUGCCGUGAGUUCUGUUUGCAGUGAGCAGCCCCUGGCUCCCGCAGCGUGUUCAUGGGUGGCACUGUCAAAGCCUUUUUUUUUUCCUUAAAAAAAAAGAAAAAAAGGACAGAAAAAAGCUCACUGCUUGUUCUCCUGGCAAGGUGUGGCUUACAAGCCCAUCACCACACUCUGUUUCAGAUAGCUGGCCACUGCUUGUUUUCUUCCAGGGGCCUUUUCUGUGGAAAGGGGUGGGAGACAUGAGUGCCUGUUUUUACCCAAUCCCACAAAUUCAUUCUGAACCUGGCCUGCGAUUGCAUGAGUAAUAAUAACAGUAACAAUAACAAUAAUAAUAAUAAUAAUAUUUAUUUUUAUUUGAGAAGCACCUUACCAACCAACUGCAACGCUCUGUUGUUCCUUCACUAACUCUCCUUUUCUCUUCCCUUGUUCUCCCUCUCCCCCUUUGGUCAUACUCCUUUUCAGUGCUCGGUGGUGUAUGCGUGUGUGCUCACUGUUCUUGUAUUCAAUAAAAGUGAAAUAAAUGUGUUUGAUGCUAAAUCA